GUCAUGGGGGCGGUACUUCCUGGAGGUGGUAUAGGCCUACCGCUUGCACAUGAGGUAUUGAUUCAUUGAGUCAGUCUCGUUACCCAGUCUUGAGAAGUUUAAGGUCCCUGCAAGCAUGGCUGAGAAUGAUGUUGACAACGAGCUGCUCGACUAUGAAGAUGACGAGGAGCAGCAGGUCGCCCCAGAGACAGUUGCACCCGCUGGCAAGAAGGAGGUGAAGGGCUCCUACGUCUCCAUCCACAGCUCUGGCUUCAGGGACUUCCUCCUCAAGCCUGAGCUGCUCCGGGCCAUCGUGGACUGCGGUUUUGAGCAUCCGUCUGAAGUUCAACACGAGUGUAUCCCACAGGCCAUUCUGGGUAUGGAUAUUUUGUGCCAGGCCAAGUCUGGUAUGGGAAAGACUGCCGUGUUUGUUCUUGCUACGCUACAGCAGAUAGAGCCUGUAGAUGGGCAGGUGUCGGUUCUUGUGAUGUGCCACACACGUGAGCUGGCUUUCCAGAUCAGCAAAGAGUAUGAGCGUUUCUCCAAGUACAUGUCCACUGUGAAGUGCGCUGUGUUCUUUGGUGGCCUCUCUAUCAAGAAGGAUGAGGAGGUUCUCCGCAAGAACUGUCCCCACAUCGUGGUGGGCACACCUGGCCGUACUCUUGCCCUCAUUCGCAACAAGAACCUCAACCUGAAGAAUGUCAAACACUUUGUCCUAGAUGAGUGCGACAAGAUGUUGGAACAGCUAGACAUGAGGCGUGAUGUGCAGGAGAUUUUCCGGCUCACACCCCAUGAGAAGCAGGUCAUGAUGUUCAGCGCCACGCUCAGCAAGGAGAUCAGACCUGUCUGCCGCAAGUUCAUGCAGGAUCCCAUGGAGGUGUUUGUGGAUGAUGAGACCAAGCUGACUCUGCACGGCUUGCAGCAGUACUAUUGCAAGCUGAAGGACAGUGAGAAGAACCGCAAGCUCUUUGACCUCCUGGAUGUGCUGGAGUUCAACCAGGUGGUGAUCUUUGUGAAGUCUGUGCAGCGCUGCAUGGCUCUUGCCCAGCUGCUGGUUGAGCAGAACUUCCCUGCCAUCGCCAUUCACAGCAGCAUGGUCCAGGCUGAGAGGCUGUCACGGUACCAGCAGUUCAAGGACUUCCAGAGACGGAUACUGGUGGCCACCAACCUAUUUGGUCGUGGGAUGGAUAUUGAGCGAGUUAAUAUUGUCUUCAACUACGACAUGCCAGAGGACUCUGAUACUUAUCUGCACAGGGUGGCUCGUGCAGGCAGAUUUGGCACGAAGGGCUUGGCUGUAACCUUUGUGUCUGACGAGACCGACGCCAAGACACUGAACGAUGUGCAGGACCGCUUUGAAGUCAACGUUGCUGAGCUGCCAGAUGAGAUUGAUAUCUCCUCAUACAUUGACCAGUCCAGAUGAGUUCUGAUGCAUGAUGGAAGUCCUCCAGGCUUUGCCGCUCCCUUGUUUUUGUUUAGUUUUUUUGUUUUAUAAAUCAAGCUCAUUUUGUUCCUACAAUUUUAACUUUAUUUGGUCUCUACUGCUUUUAUUUUUUAAAUGUGCCAAUUGUGUUUUCUGUUGAUGCAAUUAAAAACUUUUUAUACACCACAA